CAUUUGUAUAUCCGGUACCAAAUCCUAGAAAUUAACAGAUUUAAGUAAGCACAUUCUUUUGUGUACAAAUGUCCCCAGUAAGAAAAAAAUCCUUUAGAAAUUUGAAUGCAGCCCAAGGAAGGAUUCGGCUUUUCAGGCCAGUAAACGCCCCGCGGAGGAAGACGACAUUGUUUCAGUUGAAAAUUCGUUGUGUAGAUCUGUAUGCCUUUAAUGGUAGCAAAAUUGAAUGCGUUCAGAAAUUGCGGGGGGUUUUUUUGAAAGGAGACAGUUAACACCUUAAAUAUGCUCACUUACGUGUGUUUUCUGGUCAUUAUCAGCGUUAGCGGAGGAAACGCAGCUAUCCAUUCUCUGAUGUACACAUACCUAGCGACAUCUGGUAUUGAAGAUGUUCCAGAGUUUAUGACAGUGGGCUUUUUGGAUGGUGUGCCCUUAGUGUAUUAUGACAGCAACAUUUACAGAGUGAUUCCCCGACAGAAAUGGAUGAACAUGGCUGUGGAAUCUGACUACUGGGAUAAAGAGACUCAGAUUUCCAUAAGAUUUCAAGAACUAUACAAGAUUAACAUCAAUACUGCAAAGGAGCGCUUCAACCAGACUGAAGGUGUGCACACAUACCAGGUAAUGUACGGCUGUGAAUGGGAUGAUGAGACAAAUGAUACAAAUGGGUUCCACCAGGAAGGAUUUGAUGGAGUGGAUCUACUGUCUCUGGAUUUGAAGGAGAUGAGAUUUAUUUCUCUGGUGCCAGAAGGAAUCCCCACCCAAAAUAAGUGGAACAAUGAUAGUGCCUGGCUUGAGAAUCUCAGGUUCUACUUCAGUGAUUUGUGUAUUGGGUGGCUGAAAAAGUAUUUGCAGUAUGGAUGGAGCAGCCUGAAGAAAACAGUCUCUCCUCAGGUGUUUCUGUUGCAAAAAGAUCCCUCCUCCCCAGUCACAUGUCAGGCUACAGGUUUUUACCCCAUUGGAGUCACAAUCACCUGGCUGAAAAAUGGGCAAAACCAUCAUAAGGAUGUGGUGCUGGGUGAACUACUUCCCAAUGAGGAUGGAACCUUCCAGAAGUCGAGCACACUCACAGUUGCACCUUAUGAGCUAAAGAAGAACAAUUACAGCUGUGUAGUAGAACACCAAAGCAAAACCUUCACUGAGCAUCUGACAGAGGAUGAGAUCAGGGCUAUUCAUGAAAAUUAUCUUCCAAAUAGCACCAUUGUUGGUGUUGUUGCUGCUGUCCUUCUGUUGGUUAUCAUCUGUUGCACUGCUUAUAUGGUGUAUCAGAAGAAAAUAGAAUCUGAAAGUUGCUCUGACACCACUAGAAGACCAAAGGAAACCAAUCCAAGUGUGUUAUUUCUCGGCGAGACAAUGCUUUUGGCAUUUUAGGAGACACCGGACAUGUGAAGAUGACCUUGAAAACUGCAUACAUAAUAUUUUGAUUUUAUUUAAUUUAUUUAUUUUAUUUUAUUCUUUACCAAAUCAUGCUGUCCUUUUUGUUAUUAUUAUUAUUUUCCAGAAGUAAAGAGUUUCAUUUCAUCAUCAAAAUGGUGUCUAAUCAAUUGAUUCAUAAAACUUUCAGCAAGUGAAAAUAUAACUGUUCAACCUGUCAUUGCAUUUCCCCCCCAAAACUUUUAUUCAACAGCUGUCUUGCUUAGCGCUGAAACCCUAUAGUAAUUGGUAAGAUUUUUAGGGGUUCAAGCACUUUGCGCUGAAACCCUAUUGUAAUUGUUAAUAUUUUUAGGGGUUCAAGUCCAAAGGGCUGAAACUCUAUUGUAAUUGUAAGGAUUUUUUUUAGGGGUUCAGGCGCUAAACGCAGAAACCCUAUUUGAAUUGUUACGAUUUUUAAGGGUUCAAGCUCUUAGCGCUGAAACCCUAUUGUAAUUGUUAAGAUUUUUAUUAUUAUUAUUAUUAUUAUUACGCCAUAAAACUGAUCGGGCAGAGCAAACCGUGAGGCCUAGAGAAUUGAAACUUGGUCAGAUGGUAGUAGUAUUGCUCGCUACUCCAAAACAUUGGAAUCCUUGGCUCAAACCAAACAAAACGUAUAUCUCCGAUUUCAUUUCCGCCUAUACAAAUAUUCCGAAACUAGUCCUAGGUUUUUUAGUCCGAUCGGGACCAAACCAGUGCCAAACGAUUCUAUGGAGUCUCAUUAACAAAAGUUAUCAAAAAAAGUUUGAACUUUCAACACGAGCUAGCUACGGUAUGUGAAAACAUUGGAAGUAGGAGUGGCCAAUUUUACGUAAAUGGCUAUAACUCUUGAAGGAAAUGAGAUAUCUUCACCAAACUUGGCAUGCUUAUGUAAGAGGUCAAUCUUGGUCGCCCAGAAAUGAUGGCACGGUUUUGCCACAUGGUGGCACUAUAAUACCAAAAAAACAUGAAAUUGCCUGUAACUAUGAACCCGUUAAUCCUAUUGACUUCAAAAUUUGCAUACAUUGUCUUUGUCUCAGUUGCCAUCAUUGUCUAUAUGGACAUUCACGUAUGUUGAAAAACAUGGCCGCCAUCGGCCAAUCAAAUUUUAGCAGCUAUUACACAAGGUUAACAAUGACCAAUUGGAACGAAACUUGAAGCAUUGGUGUCUGUCAAACCGUUCGGUAAAUAUUUCAGAUAAUGUUAAAAACCUACUUUUGCAAACUAGUCCUAGGUUUUUCGCCCAAUCGGAACCAAACCAGUGCAGAAAUAUACUCUGGAGUCUGAUUAUCAAUAAUUAUCAAAAAAAAGUUGAAAUUUCGACUCACAGUCACUAAGGGGUGCCAAAACAUUCGAAAAGGGUGGGCCAUUUUUACUUAAAUGGCUAUAACGCCCGAACGAAAUGAGAUAUUUUCACCAAACUCGGUACACAUGUAGGUAUCUGAGGUCACAGUAAAAAAAAAAAGAGUUUGGCCACUUGGUAGCGCUAUAACAGGAAAAAAACAUGAAAACAUCUCUAACUACGCAACCGUUAGUCUGAUUGAGUUGAAAAUCGGCAUGCAGUGUCUUUGUCCAAGGUGCCAUGACUGUUUAUGAGGACAUUGGCAUAUCUCAAAAAACAUGGCUGCCAUCGGCCAAUGAAUUUUGAGCACCUAUUAGACAAGGUUAACGGAGGCCAAUCGGCACAAAACUCGGUAGGCCUGUUCGACUCCUGGCCCUAGAGGUCUGUGAGAAAUUUGAAAGAAAUCGGCCAAUGGAUGGCGCUAACGAGUUUUACGCCUCUGUAAUCAUGUGGUUUUUCACACAUACAAUGGCUGUGUCCCAAUUCAAUGACUGCAUCCUUCGAAGGACUCGGACAUCAAAGGCCACGCCUUCAAAGGCCGCGAAGGUUGGACUGAACAUUGUUAAUUGGGACAGUCUAGCCAACAGAGGACUGUUCUUGUUGCCUAACAACUGUGACAGCUGCCGAGUGACUGUAACAUUUGUACUGGACUUUUUUGAAAGUUAUAUUAAACUGUCUGAAAACAAAACAGCAUUCACAAACUGUCUAAGUAUUUUCACCAUGGUCCAUUUCUGUAUAUAAUAAAGAGUAUAAACUGUAUAUAAUUGCAUCUUAGUAAGAUAUAAGUCAACAUAUGAACCACUUUAAAGUUUUUUGUUUUUUUUUACAUUUGUAUCAUUAGAUAUUUGAGUAAGUUGAAACACAGUACUUACGUUUAAAAGUGUAAUUCGGCAAUUUCUCUCAAAAAAAUCCUGUCAUCAUUGGCGCGCAAUGAAUUCUGGAGUAGGCAAGGCCACGAAGGAUCCAUCUGUUGUAUCCUUAAUUUCACGGGAAACGAAGGACGCUUUGGAGGGCGCAUUUGAAGGAGCCUUCGAAUUGGGACAACCUUUGUCGCACAGCAGUGACGCAAUCGGCCUUCAAAUGCAACCUUUGAAGGAUGCAGCCUCUGAAUUGAGAUGCAGCUAUAAUUCAUAUAAUUUGUUAGAUCUCCUCAUACUGAAUAACUUUGCCUCAAGAAGCACUGCUGUCAAUCAAAUCGUUCAUUAAAUAUUCACAAUUAUGUAAAAAACCUACUUUUGUGAACCAGUCCUAGGUUUUUCACUCAACCUCAAUAAAACCAGUGCAGUACAAUUCUCUGGACUCUCUAGGUAAAUAAUUCAAAAAACAAAAAGUGUUGAACUUUACCCUUUGGGUAGCUAUAACAGUGUCAUUUAGAAAAUGGGCAUGGUCAAGUGUACAAAUAAGCCCAUUCCUAAACAAAAACUCAGAACUUCACAAAAUUAGGUGAGCACAUGCGACAUAUGAUUCUAAACAAGCAUGCAGACUUUUAUGGAUAUCGGACCAUAGGUGGUGCUAUGAGCUUUAAAAAGCCUUAAAAACCAUGUAUUUCCUUAGUAAAUUGCCUGUAUUGGCUGUAAAUGGUCUAUUCCAUCUAUGAUCUAGAUGGUUAUAUGCUUGCUAAAUAAAACGUAAUACCUUUUUACGCAUGUGCUUAAAGGCCUUAAACUGCUUGAACCCUGUUAAUUGCUGCUCACAGCUAUAUUUAUUAUUAAUAUUAUCAUUACAGUGAAUAUUACAUUUUACUAUACAAUUGCAUAUAUGUCUGUAACAAUUUCUUCAUUUUCAGGGCUCUAGCUUAUAUUCAGGGUUGGGAGGGUUACGUUUGAAAUGUAUUCCACUACAGAUUACAGAAUACAUGCUGUAAAAUGUAAUUUGUAACAUAUUCCGUUAGAUUACUCAAGGUCAGUAACGUAUUCUAAAUACUUUGGAUUACUUCUUCAGCACUGGUAGAUUUUUUUCACUUGUUUUGACUAUAAAAACUCUGCCAGUACAGUAAGACAACAUACACAUGUUAAAAAUACAUUCUCUAAAACACCUAAAUAUCUUAUGCAGUGUUGAUUCUAAAACAAGAUAAAUGUAAGUGAUCUUGUUUUAAGGAUUUGUAGAUAUUUUUACAGGAAAACAAUACAAACAUUAUUAUCAAGAAUACGAUUUUUGCCCUAAUAUCAAAGGUCUUACUACAAAAAAAGAAAUUAUGAUCCAACGUUAAUUUUCUUGAUAAAAAAAAUAUGAUCGUGUCUGGAAACGUGCAUGUAAAAUGGCUAGAAAUAGCAUUUUAGCUUAGCGUAAAGCUGACAAUUUACACAAGCUUCAUUUCUAUUUCUUCUGCUCCAAACUUACUUCAAACUUACUUCUCUGUCUGCUCGUAUGAAUGUAACACAUCAUAAGAAAGUGUUUCACCGCUGUUCAAAUGCACUUUGGAUCGCAUCAUUUAUAUGUAUAAAUGUUUUCCAUCUGAAAGGACUAAAUAUUAAAUUAAACAAAUGACAAUAAAAUGCAAAGUAAUCUCAUCAGUAAUCAAAAUACUUUUUGAAUGUAAAUAUAUUCUAAUUACCAAAGACUUAAAUUGUAACUGUAGUGGAAUACAGUUACUUAUAUUUUGUAUUUUAAAUACGUAAUCCCAUUACAUGUAUUCCAUUACUCCCCAAUCCUGCUUAUAUUUUGAAACGUGCUUUUAUUAUGAUGUGUAUUUUUUGCCGGAGAAACAGUUUACAGAUGGAGACUUUUAAAUCACGUCUGAAAUCUCAUCUGGCCUUUGAGUCUGACAAAUGAAA